CAUCGUUUAUUGUACCAGCUCUAGUUAUAAUAGCAACAAUUGAAAACGAAAAUAUAAAGUAAUUCGGCGCAUUUAAACACCGCGAAGAAGACAAUUGCAUAAAGGAGGAGAUAACGAGAAUCGCGAGAAAAACAGACGUGAAAAUAAUAAUAUCGUUUGUCACCUGCAUCCCCGUGUGUGUGUGUGUGCGUCAGUGCGUGUUCGUGUGUUUGUGCUUUGUUCUGCGAGCGUGUCGUUUUGGUUGAAAUGGCAAAGAAAACCUACGACCUGCUCUUCAAACUCUUGCUGAUCGGCGACUCGGGAGUGGGAAAGACGUGCAUAUUGUUCCGAUUUUCGGAUGAUGCGUUUACGUCCACAUUUAUAUCGACCAUCGGAAUCGAUUUCAAAAUCAAAACAGUCGAGCUGCGCGGCAAGAAGAUCAAGCUGCAAAUAUGGGAUACCGCCGGUCAGGAGCGCUUCCACACGAUAACCACCUCGUAUUAUCGAGGGGCCAUGGGCAUAAUGCUGGUGUAUGACAUAACGAACGAGAAGAGUUUCGAGAAUAUAGUCAAAUGGUUACGGAAUAUAGACGAGCACGCCAACGAGGAUGUGGAGAAGAUGAUCUUGGGCAACAAGUGCGAUAUGACGGACAAGCGGGUCGUGAACAAGGAGCGCGGCGAAGCGAUUGCCCGUGAACAUGGCAUUCGGUUUAUGGAAACAUCCGCCAAGUCGAACAUAAACAUCGAGCGGGCCUUCUGCGAGCUGGCCGAGGCCAUUCUGGACAAGACAUCGGGACGCGAGUCGGCGGAGAAUCCGGAGCGCGUGAUCAUCGAUCGGCGGAACAACGAGAAGGCGCAGGGCUACAGCAAGUGCUGUGCGUAAAAAGCGGCAUUCGAGGCGAACGGGGCGUGGUUUUGGCCCGGUUUGUGUGCUUAGCUGUGCGUGGGAAAGACGGCGGAAGACGGCGAAGGAUGGAUGGAAUUGUAUUAGAUCGGAUUGGAAUGCGUUGGGGGUCGGUUUCUGAAACUGAUCCGUACAAACGAAAUGGGGAAACAAAGCAAUAAACCCGGGGUCACUCGCGCACGGUGGGAACUUACUUAUAACGAGGAUACGAAGAUGGAACAAGCAACAGAAACAACCUACCUAAAGUUUAGCAACAGAUAUUGUAACACGAACAUUUGGAAGAAUCUUUACAAAAAAAAAAAAACCCCAGACGAUUGGUGGUCGGAUCAGAUAGCAAGUGGAAUGGGCUACGUUAGCACAGCUCCAAUCAGAGGAGUAUAUUUGCAUUUCGGGUUGCAUUCUUUCGGUCAGCUAACGUGGACAUAGAAGAUCAGUUCCAGGGACUUAAGAUAAACAAAGACGGCAGACAUAAGCAACUUUUGUAACGUAACUUUUGAUAUAUAUAUAGUCUUACGAUUCCUGUACUCAAUCGUUCGUUCGUUCGCCAUCACUCGCACUUCUCCCCUGCCGCCCCCCGCUUAGUGUUUUGUUUUUGUUUUGCGUUUCAGUCUAGAUAUAAAUAACACCUAUACAUAUUAUACAUCGGAUAGUAUAUAGCAUAUACAUACCUUAGCUUGCUUUCGCUUUGUUUUCUACGAUACUAAGAUACUAAGCCAGCGAUACUAAGAUUUCGAUGGAAGGGGAGGUAGGGGUUAUUAGAUAGUAGAUUCGUACAUAGAUCCUCUCUGCAGUCACUCCACUCAUCAAGCCCGGGGUCAGAGUUCGAGCUGUUCCGAAAUUGUUUUCUGAUUAUUGCCUAUAUAUAAAUAUGAAUCAUAUAUUGCAUCGUUUUUAUGUGCAUUAUUCGCGCCCGCACACCCAAUAUUAUUAUAUAUGUGUACACUUAAAGGGGGCGUGGGUGUGCGCGCGAGUAUAUCUCCAAGUAUGUGUAUGUAUGUAAGGACGGUGCACGCCAUGAAUGUAGCA